CAUUAAUAUAAUUAAUCUCGUAAACCUUCCAAAUUUGGGUCUUCUCUUCAAGAACCUCUCAAGAUCAAGAAGCCGAACGAUUUUGAGCUUCAGGGUUUGAUCAAGGAAGAUGGGGUUUGAGCCUUUGGCUUGGUAUUGCCACCCAACUGCAAAUGGAAUCUGGGCAAAAGCUGCGAACGGAGUCUUUGGUUCCUAUACACCUUGCGCCAUUGACUCGCUAGUGAUGCUUGUUUCUCACUUCGUACUUCUGUGUCUGUGUCUGUACCGGUUUUGGCUCAUCCAUCACAAUACCAAAGCUCAGAUGUAUGUCUUGAAGAAGAAGCAUUACAACUCUUUGUUAGGGUUCCUUGCCUGUUACUGUGCUAUUGAGCCGGUACUAAGAUUGGUGAUGGGGGUUUCCCUCUUUGCCAUGGAUGAUGAAGUGAUUGAUGUUCCUCCCUUUGAGAGGGCAUCGUUGAUUGUUGAGGCUUUCGCUUGGUUCUCCAUGCUUGCUUUGAUCGGACUGGAAACCAAACGAUACGUCAAGGAAUUUCGGUGGUAUGUAAGGUUUGGUGUUGUUUACGCUCUCGUAGCUGACGCUGUAUUGCUGGAUCUUGUGUUACCUCUCAUGGAUUAUUGCAAUAGAACUGCCCUGUACUUCUGUAUCAGUUCAGUUUGCUGCCAGGCUCUUUUCGGGAUUCUCCUUCUUAUCUACAUCCCGAAUUUGGACCCGUAUCCAGAUUAUCACUUUCUAAAUGACGAACCUGUAGACGGUGUUGAGUAUGAAGCACUUAAGGAGGGAGAGCAAGUCUGUCCAGAGCGAAAUGCCGGAAUAUUUUCCAGAAUAUACUUUGGUUGGAUCACGCCGCUUAUGCAGCAAGGAUACAAAAAGCCCAUAACUGAGAAGGAUGUUUGGCAAUUAGACACAUGGGACCGAACUGAAAAUCUGAUCGAAAGAUUCCAAAGAUGCUGGAGUGAAGAAUCACAAAAGCCUAAACCAUGGCUUCUUAGAGCACUGAAUAAUUGUCUUGGUCGGAGGUUUUGGUUGGGUGGUCUUUUUAAGAUUGGAAAUGAUCUCUCUCAAUUCGUGGGUCCGGUUCUAUUGAACCAUCUGUUGCGGUCAAUGCAAGAGGGUGAUCCAGCUUGGGUUGGUUAUGGCUAUGCGUUCUUAAUUUUCGUUGGAGUGACACUUGGAGUUCUCUGUGAAGCCCAAUACUUUCAGAAUGUUUGGCGUGUGGGAUUCCGGUUGAGGUCAACUUUGGUUGCAGCUAUCUUCCGCAAAUCUUUAAGGCUAACUCAUGAAGCUCGCAAGAAUUUUCCAUCUGGGAAGAUCACAAAUAUGAUAACUACUGAUGCUAAUGCUCUUCAGCAAAUAUCCCAACAGCUUCAUGGGUUAUGGUCAGCUCCAUUCCGUAUCACAAUGUCUAUGAUUCUUCUCUAUCAGCAGCUAGGAGUUGCUUCACUUUUCGGUUCACUGAUUCUAUUUCUCCUGAUUCCUGCCCAGACGAUGAUUAUAAGCAAAAUGCGCAAACUGACUAAAGAAGGACUCCAGUGGACCGACAAAAGAGUCGGUAUCAUUAGUGAAAUUUUGGCAACCAUGGAUACCGUGAAAUGUUAUGCGUGGGAGAAGAGCUUUGAAUCCCGAAUUCAAGGAAUAAGGAACGAAGAGCUCUCAUGGUUUCGUAAAGCACAAUUAUUAUCAGCUUUCAACAGUUUUCUACUGAACAGCAUCCCGGUUGUUGUGACUGUGGUUUCUUUUGGGAUUUUUGUUCUUCUUGGAGGAGAUUUGACACCAGCGAGGGCAUUCACAUCGCUGUCUCUCUUUGCAGUUCUUAGAUUCCCUCUCAACAUGCUACCAAAUCUCCUGAGUCAGGUUGUCAAUGCAAAUGUAUCACUACAACGCAUUGAAGAACUGCUUCUGAGUGAAGAGAGAAUCCUAGCACCUAAUCCACCUCUUCAGCCGGAAGCUUCGGCCAUCUCGAUUAAGAAUGGGGUUUUUUCUUGGGAUCCAAAGGCAAACAAGCCCACAUUAACCAAUAUCAAUUUGGACAUUCCAGUUGGAAGCUUGGUUGCCAUUGUAGGAGAGACCGGAGAAGGGAAGACUUCACUUGUUUCAGCAAUGCUAGGGGAGCUGCCUCACGUGGAAACUUCGAGUGUUGUCAUAAGAGGCACUGUAGCUUAUGUUCCUCAAGUUCCAUGGAUCUUCAAUGCUACUGUGCGUGAAAACAUAUUAUUUGGAUCAGAAUUUGAAUCGGAAAGAUAUUGGAGGACAAUCGAUGUGACUGCUUUGCCGCACGAUCUUGAUGUGCUUCCAGGCCGUGAUCUUACGGAAAUCGGAGAACGUGGGGUGAAUAUUAGUGGAGGGCAGAAACAGAGAGUCUCAAUGGCUAGGGCAGUCUACUCCGAUUCAGAUGUAUACAUAUUUGAUGACCCUUUGAGUGCUCUAGAUGCUCACGUUGCUCAGCAGGUCUUUGAUAGCUGCAUAAAGGAUGAGCUGAAAGCGAAAACAAGGGUACUUGUCACAAAUCAGCUGCAUUUCCUUCCAUCAAUGGAUAGAAUAUUUUUGGUGAGUGAAGGAAUGAUUAAGGAGGAGGGAACCUUUGAGGAGCUGUCAAGAAAUGGGAGUUUGUUCCAGAAACUGAUGGAGAAUGCCGGGAAAAUGGAUGUGACCCGGGAACCGAUUAUAGAAGAGGAACAAAACAAUAACAACGACAAAAAAUGCUUGAAGCCAGAUGCUAAUGUCAUGAUUGAUAUUCAAAGAGAACGGGGAAAUAGCAAGCAAGGGAAAGGGGAAAAAUCCGUGCUUGUAAAGCAAGAAGAACGGGAAACCGGCAUCGUUAGUUGGAACGUUCUGAUGAGGUAUAAGAAAGCAUUAGGAGGCUUAUGGGUGGUUAUGGUUCUCUUUUCAUGCUAUUUAACGACGGAAGUUCUCCGAGUUUCGAGUAGCACAUGGCUAAGUUUUUGGACAGAUCAAAGCACUUCAAAGACUUAUACCCCGGGAUUCUACAUUGUCAUAUAUGCUCUUCUGGGAUUUGGUCAGGUAACUGUCACAUUCAUCAACUCGUUUUGCCUCAUCACAUCGAGCCUACGUGCCGCCAAAAGACUCCAUGAUGCAAUGCUGAAUUCUAUCUUGAGAGCUCCUAUGCUCUUUUUCCACACAAACCCGACUGGACGAGUAAUUAACAGGUUUUCAAAGGAUAUUGGUGAUAUCGAUCGGAAUGUCGCCAACUUAAUGAACAUGUUCAUGAACCAGCUAUGGCAGCUCCUUUCUACAUUUGCACUUAUAGGUACUGUCAGUACAAUUUCGCUGUGGGCUAUAAUGCCACUUCUAAUCCUGUUUUAUGCAGCCUAUCUCUAUUAUCAGAGUACGUCCCGUGAAGUGAAACGCUUGGAUUCCAUUACUAGGUCACCUGUCUAUGCUCAAUUCGGAGAAGCUUUGAACGGUUUAUCAACAAUCCGGGCUUAUAAAGCAUAUGAUCGUAUGGCAAAGGUCAAUGGUAAAUCCAUGGACAAUAACAUAAGGUUCACUCUUGCGAAUACUAGCUCGAACCGUUGGCUCACUAUACGGUUGGAAACUCUCGGAGGCAUCAUGAUUUGGAUAACUGCGACAUUUGCCGUUCUUCGGAACGGGAAAGCGGAAAGGCAGGCUGAAUUCGCAUCUACAAUGGGUCUGCUCCUUAGUUACACUCUGAACAUUACAACUCUGUUGAGUGGUGUUCUAAGGCAGGCAAGCAGGGCAGAAAACAGUUUGAACUCAGUUGAACGUGUCGGUAACUACAUUGAUCUUCCUUCCGAGGCUGCGGAUAUAGUCGAGAACAAUCGUCCAAAACCCGAUUGGCCUUCGAGAGGAUCAGUAGAGUUUGAAGAUGUUCACCUUCGUUACCGGCCAGGGCUUCCUCCUGUUCUGCAAGGGCUGUCCUUUCUGGUUUCGCCAAGCCAGAAAGUAGGAGUGGUGGGAAGAACUGGUGCGGGGAAAUCUUCCAUGCUGAAUGCCUUGUUUCGGCUUACGGAAUUGGAGAAGGGAAGAAUUCUGAUCGAUGAUUACGACGUGGCCAAGUUCGGACUGACGGAUCUCCGCACGGUGCUAAGCAUCAUACCGCAAUCUCCGGUUCUCUUCUCGGGGACCGUGAGGUUCAACCUCGAUCCGUUCAGCGAGCAUAACGAUGCUGUCCUGUGGGAGGCUCUACAAAGGGCGCAUGUAAAAGAGGCCAUUGCCAGGAAUCCUUUUGGCCUCGACGCUGAGGUGUCCGAGGGAGGGGAGAAUUUCAGCGUCGGGCAGAGGCAGCUAUUGAGUCUAGCCCGUGCUCUGCUGAGAAGAUCUAAGAUCCUCGCCCUCGACGAAGCAACCGCUUCUGUCGACGUUAGAACAGACGCUCUGAUACAGAGCACGAUUCGGGAAGAGUUCAAGUCUUGCACGAUGCUCGUCAUCGCUCACAGGUUGAAUACAAUCAUCGACUGCGACAGAAUCCUCGUGCUUGACUCUGGUCAGGUUUCGGAAUACGAUAGUCCCCGAGAACUGCUGUCGAGAGAUGCAAGUGCAUUCUCUCGGAUGGUUCAAAGCACCGGACCAGCGAAUUCUCAGUACCUUCGAAGCUUAGUCUCCAGGGGGCGGAGGAGAGAACGAAACACGGAACUUGGAGCCGAGAAAAGAUGAAAGAAGAGGUUCCUUGGC